UGCCCUGUGGCUUAGCCUGACAUGGCAUGGCCUGUGAUUUGACGUCGUGCUAAUGCCGAAGCAUUUUGGGCACCACCUUCGGGAGUUACGGCACAGCCGCAGGCAAGAGUCGUCUGUCUAUCCUGAAAGUGUGCAGGAGAUUCGAAGGUCACUAUACUGGAUCCUGGAGGAACCAGAUGCCAGUUCUGAUGUGCCCAGAGUCCUCACCGUGGGUGUAGCGUGCUUCAAUGUCCUGAUGAUCUUGCUGAGUUUAGUGAGCUUGAUUUUAGAAACAAGCCCCGAGUUCAAGAAGACGACCUCUGAGGACAUGUGGCAGACCAUCGAAAUCCUCACCACAGGCUGUUUCACUGUGGAGUACCUCAUGAGACUUUGGGUUUGUGAUGUUUAUGGAUCGUCUGCUGUGGAUUGGUUUUUCAAGCCGUUGAAUGUUUGUGACCUUUUAGCGAUUAUUCCUGUCUAUGCAGAAUUCGUCGUGAGACAAUGGGAUCUUGAAUUCCUACGCGUCCUACGGGUGGUCCGCCUAUUCAAGAUAGGUCGCUACUCCGAGGGCGUUCGGGUGAUGAACGCGGCACUGUUUAACAGUCUGUCAGCGUUGUACAUAUUGGUCUUUUUGUUCGUGAUUGGCUCGAUCAUAUUUGCAUCUAUUAUCUACUUCACUGAAAAGUUGUCAUGUCCUGACUUCAGCAGCAUGAACCUCACCCAGUUCCAAGGCUACAAUGAUGAGUGCGUUGCCACUACCCAGGGCAUUUCGGAGACUUACGGCACUUGCUGUAUUUUCAUGUGUGACAUCCCCGAUGGCCUGUCGGACUUCCCCCUUUGUCGGCCAUGGCUAGAGGACUCCACCAUCACCUUCGGGCGACGAAUGGCUGUGGAAUGGAAGGUGGAGGCACUAAAUGAUGCUGAAAUCGACUCAGUGCUAACGGGAAUGUGGUGGGCAGCUGUCACCAUGACCACGGUUGGAUAUGGUGAUAUUGUGCCGAAGCACUGGUCUUCAGUGGUGGUAGCUGGAUUUGCUAUGGUGACUGGCAUCUUGAUCAUCGCGAUGCCCUUUGCUAUUGUUGGCACCAAAUUUAGUGAAGCAGCUGGCGAUUGUUUUGAGUAUGAAUCAGAAGAUGAAGACUUUGCAAAGCAGCUGCUGACCCAGCCCACCAGUGCCAUAAGCGAGGAGAUGAAGAUUACACCAGACGUCAGUGCAUCGACGGAGCCAGCACCAGAGACGGCCGUGUUGCUUGAAAAGUUGCGGUUGCAAGUGGACGAAGCCUUAGCUGUAAAGAAAGAGAUCCUGCAGCUGCAGGUGCUUCGCGACAACCUCUGGACGUCCGUGGAACACUCCUUGGCGCGACUGGCCUUUGAGGGUUGCAUUAGCUUGAACGCCCACAUGGUCGAUGGCCCUUGGUUCAAUCGCAGAGUCACAAAGAAAGCCAAGACCACUGUGGAGAACGCCGUAGCACGGAAGUCUCUGGGCUUCAUUCGAAGAGAGUGGUGCAUCCGUCGCACGGCGAUUGAUAUCACCUCAUCUUGGAUCUUUGAAAGCACGGUCCUGUUCCUCAUUGUCGCAAACAGCUUUGCACUGGCAGUGCAGAACUUUUACUACGACCAGGAAAACCACUGGGGCAACGUGCUGAUGAGAGAGACAGAGAUCGUCUUUACACUCUUCUUCACCUUGGAGUGUGCCAUAAAGAUUGUGGCCUAUGGCUUUGUGGGUCAUCCAUCAGCCUACAUUCGAGAUCCAUGGAACUGGAUCGAUUUUCUGGUUGUGGUGGUGGGUCUUCUAGACGCGAUGCAGUUUGAGGCGCUCUCUUUUCUGAAGCCUGCACGCGUGCUUCGACCACUGCGAUCUUUAACCGCAGUGCCCGGAAUUCGCAAUCUUUUCCACACCAUCAUCCUGUCGCUUCCGGGCCUAAAGGAUGUGGUGCUGCUUGCAAUCUUUCUUCUCAUUAUGUUUGGCGUGCUUGGGCUGCAUUUUUGGAGCGGCAUCCUACACCGUUCUUGCAGACUCACAGAGCAGCCUUUGCACUUUAGUCCACAGGCCAACUGCAGCGGCUGGUGCUUCGACAAUGCAUCGUUAGUCAAUGUCUCACUGAGCUCAAGCAUAGUGCAGAUCGACUCGUCGUUAGUUUUUGACACCUAUUGUCGAACGAACAAGAAUUGCCUGAGCAAUUGGGAGUCAGGAAGGGACUACUACGUGUGGCCGUUGGACGACUCGCAGGAGCGCUUCUGCGGAGAGUAUGUUUGUCGAGCCCGUGACAUGAGCUCAGGGUCAGAGCUGCAGGUGUUGCAGCUCUUGGGUUCUGCUGCGGAAGACAGCACCCAGGUGAACACAGUUUGUGGCUCGCCAUUGGCGAGCGACGCAGAAUAUGGACCUGAGGUCGUGAACACCGAAUUGAAGGGAGUGAACCUGGAUGAUUGGAAUUUCGAGGUGCAGGGAUCCAGCCGCAACUGGGGAAUCACGCACUUUGACAACGUGGCAGCCUCUUUUCUGGUUGUCUUUCAAAGUGUGACUCUGGAAGGGUGGUCCGACGUCAUGGGAAUGGUGCAGGAUGCGCAUUCCACAGUCGUGGGAUUUAUCUAUUUCCUCCUCCUGAUCGUCAUUGGUUCAUUCUUCCUGGUGAACGUGAUUCUAGCGAUCAUUUGGGUACGAGAGCAGCAGCUGGAACAGGAGCGAGAAGAGGCGGCUGAAGCGCAACACGUGGGCACCACGGAAAUCACCCUGAAAAACGCCACGCGGCCUGAUGGUGGCCUCAGAGGACGUUCAGGUGCUUUCAAGAAUCUCUUUGACCAGCUCUUUUGGCACCGCAAUCGAACCGAAGUGGAGGAAGUUUUGCGUGAAGCGAGCGACUACAAAGCAGUCCGACUGGCACGAGCCAUCGCCACGAACACGUUCUUCAACUCUGGGGUGAUGAUUAUGAUCCUGGUCAACGUCGUUGUCUUGGCGAUGGAUCGGUACCCCGAGCAUCUUGUGGAGGCUUCAGUUGGAGACGUGCUGAAUUUCAUUUUCAACAUCGUUUUCUUGUUGGAGUGUAUCAUUUUGCACGUGGCAGUGGGCCCUCUCAUCUACUGGUCGGAUAAUGCAAUGGCGUUUGAUGGACUCAUCGUCUUGUUGUCCGUUGUCGAUCUUGUGAACGAUUUCGCGUCUGGUUCAGAUGGCGGUGGUUCGGCCAUCACUGCCUUGCGAGCAUUUCGGAUGCUUCGUAUCUUCAAGCUGGCAAAGAAGUUCCCCAGUAUGAAGAUCUUGCUGAGUGCUGGCGUUCAGACGUUGAUGUCCAUGGGAGAUUUUGUGGCACUGCUUUUCCUGAUCAUCUGCGUUUUUGCCCUGAUGGCGCAGAGCUUCUUUGGUGGCACCUUUAUGUUUGACCCAGAGGAUGGAAGCUUGGUGGCUCCGGAGGAUUACAGAACAAAGUGUCCAAUGGGUGAUGGUGACAAGCCCAUUUGCGUUCCACGCUCGCAUUUUGACACGUUCUUGUGGAGCUUCAUCACCAUCUUUCAGAUUCUCACAGGUGAGAACUGGAACACUGUGAUGUAUGAUGGGAUGAGGGCGACCGGCUGGCUGGCCACCUUGUUCUUCCUGUUUGUAGUGCUCUUUGGAAACUUUGUGAUUUUGAACCUGUUCCUGGCCAUUUUGAUGAGCAGCUUCGAUGAGCAGAGGGGCAAACUUCAUGAUGCCAUGGAAAGCAAGCGAGAACUCACGAGAGCAACUUACACAGAACAACGCUGGGCCUGGGAGAGUGGAGCAGUGCCUAUCAUACCAGGUCCUGCACUCAGUUCACAUGCGGCAUAUAGACAGGAAGCAGGCGAUGCCGUGCCCAUCAUAAAUUCAUAA